AUGAAGAUCUCUACGCUUUUCUCUUCCUUGCUCUGCCUGGCUGCCGCGCAGCUCGUCACAGCAGAGAGUUCGACCACCUCCGUGACAACCACCAUCACCAGAACCGUCGUCCGAGUCACUUCCGUGACUGUGACUCCCGGUGAGACUGCUACGUCCGGUGUUUCGGCCACCGACACCGUCGCUACCACCACCGCUGCUGCCGCGGCGGAUUCGACUACUCAAAGCAGCGCCAGCUCUGCCACUCAGACGGGAGCUGCGAUGCACCUUGGUGCUGGUGGCGGUAUACCUGUGGCUCUAGUCGCCGGCUCUGUCGCCCUGAUCCUGGGUUCUGCGCUGUGA